CACUGGAGGCGGGACUUGCGGCGGUUUGAAAGAUCUGUGCGCUGAGCUGGGUGGCUCGACCGCCGCUGAGAUGUCGGUGCUGAGGCCAAUGGACAAGCUGCCGGACCUGAACAGGGCUACGGUCUUGCUGGUGAGCACGGAGGAUGCGCUUGUGCAGCCGCUGGCGGAGUUGAUGCUCAAAGUCGACUGUGCGUCCGAGCUGAGGGUCCACUUGGCCAACGCCCUCCCUUUGCCCUCCAAUGCGAACCGGCCCCGAAUUGACCUGAUUGUGUUUGUGAUUAACCUUCACAGCAAAUACAGCCUCCAGAAAGUGGAGGAGUCUCUGAGCUAUGUGGACAGCAGCUUCUUCCUGGGGAAAGUAUGCUUCCUUGUCACAGGGGCCGGCCGGGAAAGCCACUGCAGCAUCCACCGGAACACAGUUCUGAAGCUGGCCCACACCUACCGAAGCCCGCUGCUCUUCUGUGAUUUACAGGUGGAAAGCUUUCGGGCUUCCCUGGCACAGCGCCUGGUGCGCAUGCUGCAGAUCUGCGCUGGCCACCUGCCGGGCAUCUCGGCGCUCAACCUGCUGUCCUUGCUGAGGAGCCCCGAGAACCCCACAUUCAAGGAGCCGUGAGCCCUGCUGGCCUCCACACGUUCGGUGCCAGCUCCAGAAGCAGCCGCUGUUGGUGAAGACCAGUUAGGGCCCGACAGGCCCGGAGGCAGCCUGCGCACUGCGGGGCUGAGCUCCACCCGGGAAUGCUGGGCAGGAGUGGGGAGAGAGCCCGCAGUUGAGCCCCCACAGCCUCCUCGUCUCACCCCACAGGGGCCCCGUCUCCAUCUCUCACAUCAUAUACUCACCUAAGGUUUGGGACAAAGAGACAUGGCUUUAAAGAAAAAAGAAAGAAAGAAAAUGUGCCUCACUCCCCACUUUGACUUUACAGAUGUGGAAACUGACUCAGUACGAUCACAGGGGCAGAGUGGCUUCCAGGAGCCCAGGGAAAAUGGUGUGUGCUGGCCCUGUCCUUCUUACAGCCUGGCUGGGGCUCCCUGGCGCCUGUUUGCCUGGUGCAAGUGGACAUGGUUCUAAUUAUGUUGAGAGGAUUGAAUGAAGUGCAGGGGGCUUGCUGCCCGAGACCACA